AUGAUGAUGACAACCGCUGACGAGCUUGCAUCGUCGCUUCGUUGUGCCGAGUUCCUCGCCGAUUCGCCAUCCACGUCCACGUUGCUCCAUCAUCAUGUUGAUACCGUGACGACCAUGACCAACAAUCUGCAUCAUAACGAACAUCGACGUCGUUCUGGUCGAGUCGUACUUCAGCCGGUCAACCAACGACGUCUCAGUCAUGGACAGCCAACCGUGGUGUCCCGUAAGCGGCCGUCCACAGUCGACGUACGCUUGAAUACAGCCCAGCAUCCGUCAGUUCCCAGUUGCCUCGAUCGUUCCAUUCAUCGAGAUGAACGCGUGCUGGAGAACCUGCUCAUUGCGGAGGAGGAGAAAUGUGACGCGGACGUCUUCCCGCUGGCGGUGUCCCUCAUUGAUCGCUUUCUCUCCCUACAAAACAUAUUCCGGCAAGAUAUUCAGGUCUUAGCUGGCGUGUGUUUAUUUAUCGCUAGCAAGGUGAAGGCGCCGCAACCAAUGAAUGCGGCACGUGUGUCGUACUACACAGCGGACAGCGUCAAAGUUCAUGAUGUUUUGAGUUGGGAACUACUUGUACUGGCAAACCUCAACUGGGAGAUCACGUCACCGACCGGAUUUGACUUCUUCGAUCAUCUAUCCGCCCGUCUGCCAUCACUGCAUACGCUACGACCUGCGUUCACAUCGGUUCUGCACAGGAUUCAACGCUUGAGUCAAGUCCAUCUUUCAUCUACUCAACAUGUGUUGAAAUACCUUGAAGUCAGCGGUGACCUGCAACGACCACCUGUGGAGCGCGUGGCAAUGUGCUGA